CUUUAGUUCGGUGUCACAGAUUGUUUCCAGCAUCUGCAUACGGAGCACCGCUCUCGUUGAUCCCAUCUUUUUCUCCAUUCCCAAACCUCCGAAAACUCUACCUUCAACAUGUGUGACGAGGAUGUUGCCGCUUUGGUCGUUGACAACGGCUCCGGUAUGUGCAAGGCCGGAUUCGCCGGUGACGAUGCUCCCCGUGCAGUGUUCCCCUCCAUUGUCGGCCGCCCCAGACAUCAGGGUGUGAUGGUCGGUAUGGGACAAAAGGACGCCUAUGUGGGUGAUGAGGCCCAAUCCAAGCGUGGUAUCUUGACCCUCAAGUACCCCGUGGAGCACGGGAUCAUCACCAACUGGGACGAUAUGGAGAAAAUCUGGCAUCACACCUUCUACAACGAGCUCCGUGUGGCCCCCGAGGAGCAGCCCGUCCUCUUGACUGAGGCCCCCUUGAACCCCAAGGCCAACCGAGAGAAGAUGACUCAAAUCAUGUUCGAGACCUUCAACAUGCCCGCCAUGUACGUGGCCAUCCAAGCCGUGCUCUCCCUGUACGCCUCCGGUCGUACCACCGGUAUCGUCAUGGACUCCGGCGACGGUGUGUCCCACACCGUGCCCAUCUAUGAAGGUUACGCCCUGCCCCACGCCAUCCUCCGUCUGGACUUGGCUGGCCGUGAGCUCACCAACUACUUGAUGAAGAUCCUCACCGAGCGCGGUUACUCGUUCACCACCACCGCCGAGCGCGAGAUCGUGCGCGACAUCAAGGAGAAGCUCUGCUACGUGGCCCUGGACUUUGAGCAGGAAAUGGCCACGGCCGCCGCCUCCACCUCCCUGGAGAAGUCCUACGAGCUUCCCGACGGCCAAGUCAUCACCAUUGGCAACGAGCGCUUCCGCGCCCCUGAGGCCCUCUUCCAACCUUCCUUCUUGGGUAUGGAAUCCUGCGGCAUCCACGAGACCACCUACAACUCCAUCAUGAAGUGCGACGUGGACAUCCGUAAGGACUUGUACGCCAACACCGUCAUGUCCGGCGGCACCACCAUGUACCCCGGUAUCGCCGAUCGUAUGCAGAAGGAGAUCACCGCCUUGGCUCCCUCCACCAUUAAGAUCAAGAUCAUCGCUCCCCCUGAGAGGAAAUACUCCGUCUGGAUCGGAGGCUCCAUCUUGGCUUCCCUGUCCACCUUCCAACAGAUGUGGAUCUCCAAGCAGGAGUACGACGAGUGCGGUCCCUCCAUUGUCCAUCGCAAGUGCUUCUAAGCGUCAAUCGAUUUGUCAUUCGCCAAUGGAUGUAUCCCAAAUUGAAAGAAAACCGAGCAGCCCACAAGCA